AUGAGCUUCGAUGGCACUCGUAUGGAAGAAGCGGGCGAUGAAGUUCCACUGGACUCAAGCGCGGAAUCUGCCAAAAUAUCGACAAGAUAUCCCAACAGCUCGCGACCUACCUACGAAGAACAGUCAGCCCGCGAGGAAAAUUUGCACCGUGAGUUGGAAAGCGUGCGUCAAGUCAACGAUGCAAUUGAGGGAGUGAUCCAAAGUCUGGGAAAAGCAAAAGAUAACAUGACGAACGUCAACGACACUGUCAAUGCUGCAUCUACUCUGCUGAAUACAUGGACACGAAUUUUAUCUCAGACCGAACAUAACCAGCGGCUGAUCCUUGACCCGAGCUGGAGGGGCGCAAGUCAAGAUAUUGCAGACAUAGAAGAGGAGAUCUCGGAGAAACAACGCGCAGCGGACAGGCGAGAAAUCGAGGAGGAGGAGGAGAAGAGGCUCGCAGCUGCAAGACAAGCCGAAGCGGACGAGAAGCGUAAAGCAGAAUCACAAACGAAACAGGCAAAGGCGCCCGCCAGAAGUGGGAGCAGAAUUGGUACCACUGCAAGAGGCACAAAGGCACCUACGCCCUCCUAUGUGCAAAUGGGCGGCUCCAGCAACAACACCAACACUGUUAGUAAACGAGGGACGAGUUCUUCCAGAAGAUCAACGUCAGGAAUAGGAAGAGGUGUUGCUGGAAGAGGCGCUCGGGGGCGGGGCUAA